AUGCCUGUGAAAACCAAAUACAACCUCGUAGAUGAUGGGCAUGAUUUAAGGAUCCCGCUACACAACGAGGAAGCAUUCCAACAUGGAAUCAACUUCGAGGCUAAGUACAUCGGCAGCCUCGAUGUGACACGACCGAGCAGUCGAGUGGAGAUUGUAGCUGCGAUGAGAAGGAUAAGGUAUGAGUUCAAGGUGAAAAACAUUAAAAAGAAAAAGGUCAGCAUCAUGGUGUCUGUUGAGGGUGUAAAAGUCUCCUUAAGAAAAAAGAAAAAAAAAAAGGAGUGGAUGUGGGAUGAAAAUAAAAUGAUGGUGAUGCAGGACCCCAUUUACAGAAUAUUUUAUGUGUCUCAUGACUCUCAAGACUUAAAGAUCUUCAGUUACAUUGCACGAGAUGGUCACAGUAAUGUCUUCCGGUGUAAUGUUUUCAAGUCUAAAAAGAAGAGUCAAGCCAUGCGUAUUGUCCGGACUGUUGGUCAGGCAUUUGAGGUCUGUCACAAACUGAGUCUGAAAAAUGCACAGCAGAACACAGAUGGGCAGGUGGACUGCAACAGUGAAAAGAAUGGAAAUAACCCAUCCAUGACAGGAGUGCAUGCUCAGCCACCUGUAUGUAUGUGUCGUUUAGUUGACUCAGGUACGGAGUUUAUAGGCAUAGCAGAGAAGACUUCAACUGUUGCAGAGGAGACAGACAUCGAUGCUGAUGAGGCAAACCAAAUACCAGCUGCUGAGGAGCUAAACAUUAACAGAGGGGUGACAGAUCUGGAUGCCACAGCCAAAGCAUCAGACCUCAGCACAUCAGACAACAAGAUUUCUGAGGAGGCUUCACUGCUGAUGUCCAGCCCUAGGUUGCUGCUCCCUGCAUUGAGUGUGCUCUCACCUGCCACUCCCUUGUCUGUUCACCAUCAGAUUCAACUGCUCCAACAGCAACUUCAGCAACAACAACAGCAAACACAAGUUGCUGUUGCACAGGUUCACCUCUUGAAAGACCAGCUGAGUGCAGAGGCCACAGCUCGACUGGAGGCGCAAGCUCGAGUUCACCAACUACUACUGCAAAACAAAGAUCUGCUACAGCACAUUUCACUCCUGGUUAAACAGAUCCAGGAACUGGAGACAAAGAUCACUGGACCUAACUCCAUGGGAUCCCAGGAUAGUUUGUUGGAGAUCGCCUUCCGGUCCACUGUGCCCCCUGUAAUCUGUGACCCAACUACCCCUAAACCGGAAUUGUCUGCUCCAAACCUACCCCAGCUUUGCACCACUGACGGGACCAUUAAUGCAUUUGCAUCUUCCAAUGGAAACCUGGGAAGCCCAAUAGGUAGGGACCAACGUGUUCUAAAACUGGAAUGUUUUCGUUUUCUCCCAGGACCCCCUGGUCCUCUACUACCACCUGUCUCCUCACCACCCCCUCCUCUCAAAGCCAACAAGCUUGAGGCGACCAAGAUGCCUGAAGAUACAGCAAAGUUGUCGGCUUACAAUGCCGAAUCUCAGAUCUGCCGCAACUUUGCUAGUUUUCGAGAGUCAGGCAUUGUCUCGGAGUAUGAGUCAAACACAGAUGACAGUGAUGAGAGGGAGGAUGAGGAGGAGGGAGAGGUGGAGGUGAUGGAAUUCUUUGGUUGGGGAACAGAGGCAGAGACCUUUAAGCUUCUAAACGUUCUCAACAAACAGGUAACUCCUGACAGUCUGGGAGAUGAGAUAGCAGUGUAA